CUAUUACCCCGAUAUUCUAGGAUGUGUGCUGUCCGUAAGAUACCAGAGGCUGUUUUGCCUCAUGAACGUUAUUAAAAUCCAUUAUUCACUCAUUCAAUGUUAUCUAGUUAAAAAAACCAACCAAUCAGAUUUGUUCACUUGGCAGGUUCAGAAGUUUCACGAGGGCAGUAACUCCCACGUAAGUAUAAUUGUUUAAUCAAAACUAGUUAAGCAAGAGCCACCGAUUUAGUCGUUAUUUGUGCAGGACACCUGUGCAUUGUGCAUUCUAGGAAAGCGAAGGAAAAUUGUGCGGGAAGCUUUGCCUACUUUGAAUGAGUAAUCUGUAAUGAGAAGAAGAACAAGAAGAAUAAGAAGAAACUGUAACGAGAUAAGCUUUAUUCAGGCGGCGUUAGCAUUCAGAAUUGAGAAAUGGCUCCGACAUUUAGCACGAGAAUAGUCUGCAUGGACUAUUACAUGUCCCCUCCCAUUCCAGAAGUGGAUGUCUGCUACAACCCAUUUCAAGGGGAAGUGAUUGCAGAGGUUCCGGUAAUAAGAAUAUAUGGCUCUACUCUGGCUGGACAGAAGACUUGUCUGCACGUCCACCAGGCCUUUCCAUAUCUCUAUGUACCAUAUGAUAAUGACCUUCCUCAAAACCUUGAAGAAGGCUAUGCUUAUGUUCGUCUCUUGGCCUCUGCUAUUGAGAAAGCUAUGAAGCUGAGCAGUGGUAUUGGUGCAAAAAGGCAGCAUGUUCAUAGCUGCAGUCUUGUUCGUGCUAAGAAAUUUUAUGGUCAUUACUCAAAUGAUCAGUUAUUUAUAAAAAUCAUUUUAUACUAUCCAGAUGACAUAAAUCGUGUAGCUGCAUUGCUUCUGGGUGGUGGGAUACUGAAUCAUGUUUUUCAGCCUCAUGAAUCACAUAUACCUUAUCUUCUUCAAUUCUUGAUUGAUCAUAAUUUGUAUGGAAUGGGUCACAUACAUUUAUCAAAAGUGAAAUUUCGCUAUCCUUUGCCAGAUGGUAUUUCAAAAAAAUCUAGCCUUUUUAGGGAUAUUGCUUUAAAGCUCAGAGUUGGAAGGCAGUCUAUUGAUGAUAAUUUAGUUGCAUUAGAUUCUGAGCAAGCCUCUCAUCAAACUGAAGUUGAACCUGUUACACCUAGUCCUCUUGAAUAUACUAAAUCUUCGAGAAGGGAUGGAAUCUGUUAUGGAAAUGAAGUUGAACCAGUUACCCCGAGUUCGCUUGAACAUAUUAAAUCAUCUAUAAGGCAUUGCAUUAGCAAUUCAACUGGUGAGGACAACAGAAAUACACCCAAGGCUCUUAGUAAUAACUGUGAACUAUGGCUGAGAUCAAAAGUUCCCAGUGAAUGGGUUUGGUCAUUAGGUGUGCCAGAUUUCAUGGAGGUUUCUCCAUGCCAAGGAAGGCGGCCACCGUAUAAGCGACAGAGCACCUGCGAUCUUGAGGGAGAUACGAGUGUACAAGAAAUUUUGAACCAGCAUCAACUAAUGUAUUUUCCUUUGUCUCAAGCUGGACUGGAGGUGAAAAUGGUUCAGUCAUUAAUACAAAUUUGGGAGGAAGAAUGUUUGAGAACGGGCAUGGAUAUGGCUAUAGAGAAGAUUGAUGAUCAGAAACCAUCUUCAGAAAGAGUAUUGAAAACCCUUUCACAUGGACAAGAAUAUCAUAAUUUCUUGUCAAAACUCGUUAAUAUGGAGGAGCAGAAAACAAAUUUUUCAAAAUCUUACUCACUCAUGUUGUCACAAGCAAAUGACAUAGCAGAUCAAAAUAGACAAAUAAUGCAGGCAAAAACUGACGGCUCAAACUCAAGUGAAGAGCGUUUUUCAUGUCAGAGAUCUAUGGGUAUGUGUGACCAACUGAUGAAGCAUACACAAGCAGCGAAUAACAAAGAUCUCAUACCUGAACUCCCCAUGUCCUCUCCCAUUAGAUUGUUGGAUGCAGCAACUGAUACAAGAAUUCUUGUUCCAGGUGAAAAAGGGUUUAAUGUAAUUGAAGCACUGGUUGAUGAGGAUGUUGUAAGGUCUCAAAUGACGCAAAGUACUGAGCUGAAGGAUGUAGAUAAGGAAGCAAUUGAACUAUUAAGAUGGUUAGCAUCCUCUCAAGCUAAUACCGAGGACAGAGAAGAUGAAGAAAUAGUUUUAAGUCAGUUGUUGAAUUCUGAUUCGAUAGAGAGGGUUCUGGAGAUGGCUCAUACAAAUUUUGAGCAUGCAUCGCAGAAAGAGUGUGAAGAGAUUCUUAGUUCAAUUUUAGAUGUUGAAGAUUACACGAGGGACAAAAGUAAUCAUUUAGGUCAUGUAAGUGGAGAAGAAGUUCCUGAAUAUCUGGAUAAUGUCUCUCCACCUCAAAAUAUAAUUCCACAAGUGGAUGGUGGGUGGGAUGAUCUUGUUGAAGAUUCCAAAACUGCUUCUCUGCUGGAUAAAAGGAAUAGAAGGAAGAAGAGAAAACCUAUUUCAAAGACCUCUGAUAAUAUUUCCAGGGGCAUAACUACUUCAUCAUCAUCUGCAGAUGAGUCAGUUGUGAAUCGAGCAGUGUGGGGCUCAUUGCCGUUGUCGAACAAAGGAGUUUACAAAGAUUCGUUCACUAGUGACAGUGUACCUUUAAUCUGUAAUUCAGCAUUAAAGGAACAAAAUGGUGCUAAUAGCUCAACAAGUAAAACUGCUUUUGUACAAAAUGUUGAUGUUUCUGUGACUGAUUCGUGGGAGGAGAAAGGUUCAGUAAAUAUGGAAAAUGUAGAUGAGGCAAAGGAGUUGUCCUUGAGGGACCUAAUGAGAAAAAAGCGAAAGAGCAGGACUGGAACAUUGGAAUUGGAGCAUUGUAAUGAUUUGGAAACGCUGACUAAGGAUAGGGAAACUCAGCAUGGUGCUAAAUGUAAACAAAGUAUGAACAAUUUGGAGAAGGAAUGCCAAAGGACUGAAGACAUACAUGAAUAUUUGAAUGGUGGUACUCCUGAACAAUGCCGUUUAUCCAUGGUUCCAAAGGAUAGUGCCUUUAUACAGUCUUUUGACUUAAAAGAAUGCUCUGGAAAAUAUGGUAAUAAGGUGGUGGAUGACAAAGUUUUUCAGUAUGGGCCACUGCCAUUGGUUAAGCUGAAGGCAGUUGAACAUACUGUGGAAGUUUGUGGGGAGCAGCAUAAUGAACAUGGAAGAGAUAUUUGUAAUGAAGAAGCUCCAUUCUCUCUGAAACCAGGGACAGUAGUUGCAGGUGAAGAUUUGGUAAAUAGCAAACAGAAUCAGGCUGAAGAUGAUAGUUGCCAUAGUCAGAGAGAGUGUCCAAGGGAGAAAUUUCAGGACAAAUCUGAUAUAAAGCAUGAUUGCAUUGGCAUUGAGCCUGGAGAUCUUAAAAAUUUGCUAAGAGAAGAGUGCAGCAUGGGAUCAGGUCUUCUCAUGCUGAAGGAAUCGGUUUCAGAAAAGAGAACUUGUGGAGGCAUUGUACAAUGCAAGGAAAUUCAAGAAACAGCAGUAGCUGCAUGCCCAGAACUGCAGACUUGUUUGCUAUAUGCCAGUGAUAGUGAAGACUCGUGUCAGAGAAAAUCUACUUUAAGGAUACAGGUGGCAGAUACUUCAAAUGGAAUCAAUCAGGUUUCUCAAUGCAAUUCUCAUAGUAGGAGCUGGGAAAGUGAGUAUGGUUGGCAGCAGCAAAUUACACCAGCCGCAAGCAAGGAAAGACAGUGCUGCAGUGAUGAUCUUCUCAAUGAUACUGGCAUCAAGGAACCUUCAAUUGAGAAAAGAGGUUUGCUAGGCACAUUGGAGAAGCCUGGUGAUGAAUGUCAAACAAGUUGUAAAGAAAAGAGGCUUGAAAGUGAAAGUGAGAACUUGUUACAUGUUUCUGGACAGCAGCUCCAACUUUUUGUGAGGGAUGAUAGUGAUUCUAUUAUACCAGAAGACAUAGAAUUAUAUUCAGAGAGUCAGAAAGAUUGUUUAGAAGGUAAGUUGUUUCCCUUGGGAUUUCAUAAGAAGCCGCCAACUAAGGAUCAGAUAAAACUAGACAUUGAGAAUGGUAACCUCACAUCCGUAGAGCAUGGUGGAGUCUAUUAUGGGAAGUUGGAGGAUCUUCCUGAUGUGUCUGUAGUGAUAGCUGGUUCCAUUUUUGAAGUGAAAUCUGGAGAAACCGAAUAUCUUCAUCCAUUUUUCAUGAAAACAGACCAAGGGACGAGCCUGAAUGAGAGGAAGGGUAUGGAUAGAAAUACUGAGGGUAAAUGCCAUGGUGCUGAUACUAUAAUGGGUAUUCCAAAGCAUUAUGAAAAUAAUGGCUCUGUGUUAUAUCUUCUAGCCCCUCCACAGCCACCACCAUCCAGAUCUGCUGUGGUAAAUUGGUUGUUGCAGGCAAAAGUUGAAAGUUUGAGUGGUGCAUCUGAGAAAAAAGGUGAUAGCGUGGGUAACCUUCCAAAUUCUCAAGUAGAUAAUAAGAUCAUCCAUACUUUGCAAAAUGCCAGAGUGACUAAAAUGGAAAUGAAUGGCAAACAUAGUGCUGGUGUUCCAAGUUAUAAUGAUAGCUUUAAGCUUGCUUCUCCAAAGCUUGAUGAGACUGGUGUAUCUAUAAGUGGAUCAGAUAAUUCCUCCCAAUGUGCAGAAACAUAUUUUCAAACACAUGAACCUUUUUCUGCAAAAGUAAAUCAAAUUGGAAACCUUAAUUCAUUAGAUCAAGAUAGCAUCACAAAGCCUUUACUAAACCAUAUGCAGUGUGCAGAUAGGCUAUCUGAAUCUUCUGAGUGGCUUGAAGCUCAUCACAUUUCAAAGAAGCUCCAAUUUGAAGAUGAAAACAUCCCUGUCAGCAGUCCAAGUAAAAAGUUGCCAGAUGGAAAAUUACAAAAGGAAGCAAUCCAUGAAGAGAGUCCCAAAAUUUGGAGAGAUGUUUCUCAGAUUUCAGCUCCUUCUCCAGCAGGAGCCAAGCAGACUCCUAUUAGUCAAACUGGCUUUCGUGAUCCUGCAAGUGUUGGUGCAGGCCAACAGUUAACUCUAAUGAGCAUUGAGAUCCAUGCAGAGUCAAGAGGAGACCUGCGACCUGAUCCUCGGUAUGAUGCAGUUAACAUAAUUGUUGCUGUAAUUCAGGAAGAUUUCAAUCAGGCAAAAGAAGUUCUAGUUCUCAUGAGGGAUGAAAAUGCCAAUGUAUACAGCAGAAAUAUCAAUGGAAUAUUGGGUUGUGAGAUAUUUGCUGUGAAAGAUGAGAAGACAUUGUUUUAUUUGUUCAUACAGCUAGUUCGAUUGUAUGAUCCAGAUAUUCUAAUGGGCUGGGAAGUACAAGGGGGAUCAGUUGGAUUUUUAGCUGAGAGGGCAGCAUAUGUUGGAAUAGGUCUUUUGAAGAAGAUUUCUCGGACACCAUUGUCUGAAUCUAAGCUAGAGAAAUUGCAUUCAGAUGUUAGAAGGGAUGACUUAAAAGAAUCAGUCCUUGAGGAAUUUCCUGCUGAGGCUUCAGAUUUGCAUGAGACAAUAAUUGAGGAUGAAUGGGGCCGAACUCAUGGAAGUGGCAUACACGUUAGUGGAAGAAUAGUUCUCAACCUUUGGCGAAUUAUGCGUGGGGAGCUGAAUCUUAGAGUCUACUCUCUUGAAUCUGUUACUGAGGCAGUAUUGAGAAGAAAAAUUCCCAAUAUUCCAUGGUCCACACUAAAAAGCUGGUUUGCAAGUGGACCUGGUAGAGGAAGAUUUCGAUGUAUUGAGUACAUCAUUGAUAGGGCACAAUUGAGUUUGGCAAUAAUGGAUCAGAUGGAUAUGAUAAAUCGGACUUCAGAGCUUGCACGUGUAUUUGGCAUUGAAUUUUUUUCUGUGCUUUCACGGGGAUCACAGUAUCGAGUUGAAUCAAUGAUGCUGCGAUUGGCACAUACUCAAAAUUUCCUUGUUGUGUCCCCAAGCAAACAGCAGGUUGCUUCACAACCAGCUAUGGAAUGUCUUCCACUUGUUAUGGAACCAGAGUCAAAGUUUUACACCGAUCCAGUGGUUGUUUUGGACUUUCAAUCUCUUUAUCCAUCUAUGAUAAUAGCUUAUAAUCUCUGUUACUCUACUUGCUUGGGAAAGCUUGCUCCAGGAAAGACACAGAUAUUGGGUGUUACUUCGUAUACUCCUGACACUAAUGUUUUGUCUGAAAUGGAGGAUCACUUAUUUAUCACUCCUAAUGGUGUCAUGUAUGUGCCACCAGAGGUCCGUCCAGGUGUACUACCCAGAUUACUACAAGAAAUCUUAUCAACACGAAUCAUGGUUAAGAAUGCAAUGAAGAAAUUGCAGCCAACACAAAGAGUCUUACAGCGGGUGCUUAAUGCUAGGCAGCUUGCACUCAAGCUGAUAGCAAAUGUAACUUAUGGUUACACAGCUGCUGGCUUUAGUGGCCGCAUGCCUUGUGCAGAGAUUGCAGAUAGCAUCGUCCAAUGUGGCCGGAGAACACUUGAAAAUGCAAUUAAUUUUGUUAAUUCAAAUAGUGAUUGGAAUGCACGAGUUGUCUAUGGAGAUACUGAUAGCAUGUUUGUACUACUUAAAGGCCGUACACGAGAAGAGGCAUUCAGAAUUGGUCAACAGAUUGCAUCUGCAAUAACAGCAAUAAAUCCUAAGCCUGUCACAUUGAAAAUGGAGAAAGUCUAUCAUCCGUGUGUUUUGCUUACCAAGAAGAGAUAUGUUGGUUACAGUUAUGAGAGCUCUGCACAGUCCAAACCUACAUUUGAUGCUAAAGGCAUUGAAACUGUGCGACGAGAUAACUGUCCUGCAGUUGCAAAAAUCUUAGAGCACUCUUUAAGAAUACUCUUUGAAUCUCCCAACCUUUCAGAAGUCAAGUCAUAUCUUUAUCGCCAGUGGAGUAAAAUCUUAAGCGGUAGGGUAUCACUUCAGGAUUUUAUCUUUGCAAAGGAGGUCCGCCUAGGCACAUACAGUGCGAAAGCUUCAUCUCUUCCCCCAGCAGCUAUUGUUUCAACUAAAGCCAUGAGAGUUGAUCCCCGAGCAGAGCCUCAUUAUGGAGAGCGUGUACGAUAUGUAGUUGUUCAUGGGGAACCUGGUGCACGUCUCAUGGAUAUGGUUGUUGAUCCAUUAGAACUUCUAGAUAUCAAUACGUCACAUAGGCUGCAUGAUAUUUAUUACAUAACCAAACAGAUAAUUCCUGCACUGCAAAGAGUAUUUAGCCUUGUUGGUGUGGACUUAAAAUUGUGGUAUUCAGAAAUGCCACGUCCAGUAAGGCCAAUGUUAGCUAAACGUCGUCAAAAUUCAUCUCCAUCAAAGAGUAGAAAUAGUGAAGAAACACAUGAUUCCAAGAAAUAUCAGAAAGGAACUUCAAACAGAUGGACAAUAGAUCACUACUAUCUUUCUCAGCACUGUGUGGUAUGUGGGGACCUGAUUAGAGCUUCAACAUUUUUAUGCGAUCACUGCUCUGUGAAUCAGUGCAUUUCUGCUCUAACCAUGACAGGAAGGACUUCUAGACUGGAGAAAGAGAUUCAACAUCUUGAUGCUAUAUGCAGGCACUGUGGGGGGGCUGAUUUGGUUGGUAAGAAGGCAAUCAAAUGUAUUUCCCUUGAUUGCCCUGUAUUCUAUGAACGGAGAAAAGUACAAAAGGAGUUGCUUGUGGUUUCUCAAGUUUCAGCUGAAUCUGGACUCUACCCUCCUUGCAUGGUUGAACUAUUUUAGUUCCUUGUUAAUUUAUAUAAAAUGUACUAAAUGACAAAUAUAACGUUUGAGAUGAUUGCUCCAACAGAUGCUUAGAAUGCUGUAAUAUUGCUGUCAUUAUGGGCAUUGCGGAAGGUUGAGUAAUCGGCAGCACAGUUAAUGAAUAAGCAAAGAAAUUUGAUUAGGAUGUCAGUACUUUAGAAUGUAUAGUAAUGUAUAUAAAUUUAUUUGCAGCCAAAAGUUCGUCUCUGCUUUUGUAUCAUAACUGUGAAGCUCAAACUAGAAUCUUGUAAUAUAUGUACUUUUAGAGUUUCUUUCAUAUUGAUAUUCUUUUAACACAAA